CCCACCCUGCUGGGUCAUGGACUCUGGGCGCCCCCGCUCCCAUUUCCAGUCGGACCUGGACUUCUGUCCGGACUGCGGCUCCAUCCUGCCCCUUCCCGGGGUUGAGGACACGGUCACCUGUAUCCGCUGUGGCUUUUCCGUCGACGUGCGAGAUUUCGAGCAGAAGGUGGUUAAGACCACGUUUGUGUUCCACAAGGUGGGGACGGCGGUGCCCGUGGCGGCGGACGACGGGCCUGAGUUCCAGGGGCCCGUGGUGGACCGGCGCUGCUCGCGUUGCGGCCACGAGGGGAUGGCCUACCACACUCGGCAGAUGCGCUCAGCCGACGAGGGGCAGACGGUCUUCUACACCUGCACCAGCUGCAGGUUUCAGGAGAAAGAAGACUCUUAAUUUUUUUUCUGGGUGACUCAGCAAUCUCUUCCUCUUCUUUUCCUUGAAAGGUGAAGGAUAUUGGGUUCUUCCCUUGUCCAUCCUAGUUGCAAUGUUUUGCUCCCACAGGACAUUAUCAUGUGCCAUUGUCCCCAGAGUACACAUACUCUAGUUGUUUCCUUAUUAAAAGUUAUAUUUUUUAUAU